GACUUGAGAAGCAGCUGAUAAGGAUGCGGAAAGAGGUGGAUGUUUUGUUGCAGGGGAUGGUGGAUGAGAGGCGAAAGGGGAUGAGGACGGAGAGGAAUGAUGCAAACAAGACUCUCGUCGAUGUUAUGCUCUCCCUUCAAGAGGAGGAUCCUCGGUACUACACGGAUAAUAUCAUCAAAGGAAUGAUAUUGGUUCUCAUAUUUGCCGGGUUUGAUACCUCAAGUGUAACCAUGGAGUGGGCGAUGUCACUCCUCCUCAACCAUCCUGAGGCCCUGAAGAAGGUUCACGAUGAGAUAGAGGCUCAUGUGGGGCAUCAGCGCCUGGUGAUUGAUUCCGACCUCCCUCAGCUUUGCUAUCUCAACAAUGUCAUCCGAGAGACCCUCAGGCUGUUCCCACCAGGGCCACUUCUGGUUCCACGCGAGUCAACAAUGGAGUGCAGCAUAGGAGGCUUCCACGUCCCGCGAGGCACCAUGUUGAUAGUCAAUGCCUACAAGAUGCACAGAGAUCCCGCGUUGUGGACGGAUCCCGCAGAGUUCAAGCCGGAGAGGUUCGAGAGCGGAGAAGGAGAAGGGUACAAGUAUGUCCCCUUUGGGGUUGGAAGAAGACGAUGCCCAGGGGAAGCAAUGGCUAUGAAGGCUGUUGGACUAGUGAUUGCGUCGCUGGUCCAGUGCUUUGAGUGGAAGAGACUCGGAGAGGAGGAGGUGGAUCUCAAUGAAGGCGAGGGGCUCAGCAUGCCCAAAGCCAUUCCCUUGGAGGUCUUGUGCAAGCCACGCCAAGCCAUGAUGGAUGUCUUACCACAGCUUUGAGCGUUCCC